AUGCUUAAUCAUUCUCUGUGGUUUUAUGAAGCUCAGCGAAGCGGAUAUCUACCUAAAACCAACCGAGUACCAUGGCGCAGUAACUCAUCGAUUCAUGACGGUGAAGAUAACAAUGUGGAUCUAGUGGGAGGUUACUAUGACGCAGGAAAUUAUAUGAAGUUCACCGUUCCUCUUGCCCAUACAAUUUCUCUCAUUGCGUGGAGUGCUUCUGAAUGGUUUGAUGGAUACCAAAAGGCCAACCAAACCUCUCACCUUUAUGACAUGGUUCGAUGGGGAACCGAUUGGUUAAUGAAAGCCCACCCAAAACCGGACGUCUUGUACCUUCAGGUCGGUGCUGGUAACAUCGAUAACAAUUAUUGGGGUCCUGACACCGGUAUUCCACGAUCACGACCAUCGUACAUGGUCAAUGCUACAGCCCCGGGAACGGAUGCCGCCGGCCUUACUGCCGCCGCUUUAGCUGCUUCCUCUUUUCUAUUUCGAACCCGAUUCAACGAUACUGCCUAUGCUAAUACACUCCUCGAAAAGGCCAUCAGUGUAUACAAUUUUGCACUGUCGGCUAGCCCAUGGCAAAUUGCCAGCAAGGGUGCUCCCGCAACGAGCGAAUUUUAUAGCAGCAAUACCUACGACAACCAGCUUAUUUACGGUACACUGUGGCUCUACCGCGCCACGGGAAACACUACCUAUCGUGACCGAGCCUCUCACUAUUUUGAUGUGUUCAAUGUCUCCCGAGUCCCCAAUGUGGUGAUGGAUUGGAGCAAUCACGCCGGCUCAUUGUACGUAUUGGGAGCCACCAUCGAUAAUACGACGACCAAGUAUCGCGAUGCUGCGAGACGCUACCUGGACAACAUUAUUGACCGUCACUUGCAACCGUGCAGUUACACGGACGGAGGUCUGUUGUGGUGUGACAGGCAAAGUGUGAGCAACUCCUUGAUCCCUGCGCAAAAUAUGGCGCUGUUGGCGCUUUUACACAGCAAGAUUGAUGAUUUGCGAAGCAAGAUUUAUACGGAUUUUGCCAUUUCGCAAAUCAACUACGUUCUAGGCGCCAACCGAAUGUUGACCCCUUACGUUGUGGGCAUUCAUCCCAACUCUCCUAGAAACCCCCAUCAUGCCGGUGCUUCCGGUGGCACUGACCUAAGACGUAUCGACACUGAGCCGCCUGAGAUGAAACAUACCUUAUAUGGGGCGAUGGUGGGAGGUCCAGACCAGAACGAUCUCUUUUACGAUAUUCGCAGCGAUUAUAAACAGACAGAAGUGGCGAUCGAUUACAACGCGCCUUUCCAAGGUCUAAUUGCUUAUCAGUUGAGCACCGGUGCUGGGGAUCCACCUUUUGUUUCCAUUACAGAACCGAGACCUUAUGUGGAAAGACCGGACGGGUCCUCCAACCCCAAUUAUCAGCCAUCGCAAGGGCUCAAAGGCUGGCUUAUUGCCGUUAUUGUCAUCCUGGCUCUAUUCAUCGUCAGCUCUAUCGCUCUUUUAACAAGAUAUUGCCUAAAGAGAAAUAGGCAUUACACCAAGUAG